CACAUUAAGGACUUAAUAUAUUUACACAAGAUAUGUGAGAAUUUUACAACUCAAGGCACUUUGAAUAUACACACAAGUGUCCUGGGAUAUCCCCACAAAUACGGCGAGAGGUUACCGGAUACUUCAACCAAAAGCUCUUCCACAGCGUCCUCACAAGAACUCCUCACGUUAAAAUCGGAAUAUGAUUUGGACUCUUUGGCUGCUAUGCUUGAUGAUGAUGAUGACAGAGGAUGGACAGGAGCCGAAUCAGAAGAUCUGCACACUCUUACUACCAUGUUGGAUGCGGAGCAUGAGGAGAAACUAGAAGAACCUGAGUCUAGUGCUCCAAAGGUUCCAGAUGUCACAAACCCCAGCAUGGCUGAUCUGGGUCUUGUUUUGUCUGAUGAUGAAGACCAACCCACAACUUGUGUCUCUGCUAAGUCAGACUUUAGUGCUGCUUUCAAAGAUUCCAAAUUUUCAAAGAAAAGGGAAGAGGAGACAUUGGCAAAUAAUAGUAAUACUGAUUUUGAUCCUUUAGAAGCAGAGUUACAACAAAUGGAAGAACGCAUGAAUCUUCUUCGAGAUCAGUUAUCUAAGAAAAAGAAAUUUAAUGUAAAAGAUGGAUCUACAAGUACAAAAUUUACUAAGCUAACCAAUAUUAGCCACGAAGCAAAGCGCACCGUUAGAACCUUAUCUGCUGAUGAAGAAUCAAAUCUUCACCGUAAUCUUAAAAGGAAGAGUGAAUUACAUAGAGGAGACACAGAUUCUGAAGAUGAAGAAGAUAAUCGAAACCCCUUUGAGCAGCGCUACAACAGCUGUGGGCGAGAAAUUAGGAAGCGCAUCUCCCAUGAGUCUAAUGAAGUACAAAAUAAUCGCAAAGAUGAAGUAUUGGCCAGAGUUAAGGGAAAAUCCCAGCAGAAAUUGGGUUGGAAGGGAGUAGAUGGAUCCCUGGUGUCUCUAAAAGAAGCUGGUACUUCUUCAUCCGAAGUUGAUAAGAAUGUUACUGUAGACCAGUAUUCUGGAAUCAGAAUUAUCAAUCCUGUGGUGUCGGGAGAUUCGAUGCGAGAGAGGAUGGAAGGACGCAAGAUGGUACGCAUGUCCACAAUUAAUCUUCACUUACGUGGUGGAGAUAUUGAGGGAGAUUGGGUCACUAUUGGAGUAUUGGUAUCAAAAAGUGACCCCAAAACCUCACAAAAGGGUUCCCAGUACUCCAUCUGGAAGUUGAGUGACCUAACAGACUGCACCAAAACAGUGGCUGUGUUCCUUUUCUCAGGGGCUCACAAAGGCUUGUGGAAGAGCAGUGUGGGCACCGUGGUGGGCCUCCUCAAUCCUCAAAUCAUGAAGGACAGACAGGGUGAAAAGAACACAGAUCUUCUUACUCUGUCCAUAUCUGACCACCAUAAAGCCAUGGUGAUGGGAAGCUCUAAGGAUCUUGGAUGGUGUAAAGGCAGAACAAAGCAAAAUUCACAGUGCAAAUAUUUUGUGAACAAGUCUUCAUGUGAGUUCUGUUUAUACCAUAUCCAACGAGAGUAUCAAAAAACAUCUGCCAAGCGUGCCGAUAUCCAAUCCUCAUUCACCCGAGUAGACCCACGGCGUAGGCUACAAGAGAAAGUGCUUGGGAAGGAUCAGGUAUUUUAUGGUGGACAGCUGUACAGUUCACCAACUCCAGGUAGUGCUCCCAAGCAAGUUAGAGCCAACAAAGGAAAGGAUCUAGCAACCUUAAACUCCCUCAAACUUAAAUUGAAGGCAGAACAGUUGAAGGAGGAAGAUAAGCAGAAGUCCUUCACCUUAAAACACAUGAGUGAUGGUGAAAUAAAUGCAGUAAAGCAAGUUGCACAAAGUAAUGAUAGUUUUAGUGAGAAACUUCUGGCACCUACCCCAGGAGCUCGUAAUCUUUUACGUCACUUGGUCAAAGAGGACACAGAUAAAAAGAUUGAUGCAGGAGAGUUCUGUAGUGUCUCGGCAAAGGAUUUACUCAACAUGACCUAUCAUCAGAUUCAGUCAAGGAAAAGACAGCAGCAAGAGCAGAGUAUGUCACAAACACCAUUGUCUCUAUCACCUGGAAGUGGACAAUCAAGACGCUCAUUUUCCCCAAGUGCAACUCCCAAAUUAGGUCGUGGUAUCCAGCCUGGGGGUGAUAUUGAUUUAGACAUUUCACCACCUCCAAGUAGACCAGGCCCUGCUAAAGCACAUGCUAUGGCACUGCUUCAAGGGAAAGGUGGGAUUCAAGCUAAAGACCCAAAUGCAGUGAAGAACACAAAGAAAGCCUCUGAUCCUCAAUUUCAGGAGAAAAUCAGAAAAAGGUUAAGCAAUUCCUCAAUGUCAGACAAUGAAAACCAAGUGAAUAAAAAGUCAAGACUAGCAGAAGCAAUCCUAGCAGAUUCUCAUAAAUCAAAGCUUGGCUCCAUCGAUGUUAAUUCGGACAAGUUUAAAGCCAUGAUGGAACAGAAAUCACGUCACACUAAUUUAAUUAAUGUUGUAGAGAAUGAGGCACUUGAGAAGUAUUACCAAGGCCUAGAGAAGAAAGAAAUGCUGGAGGACAAGAUGUUAUCUGUCAUGGAAAUACCCACCACAGCAUAUGUUUGCCUGCAGUGCAAAUACAUGACAGAGUCAGCAUCAGACUUCUGUCGUGAGGAGAAUCACCCACUCAAGACAGUGAAAGCCAAGAAGAGAUUUUUUGAGUGUAGGAACUGCAAAAGAAGAACUUCAUCCUUGGACAAGUUACCUCGGAAAUCAUGUUCUAAUUGUGACCACAACUCUUGGCAGAGAGUUGCCAUGGGAAAGGCUAAGAAUGGACCAAAACUGGAUUCUGAGAUCUUGUCACUGCGUGGUGAUGAGCUUAAGCAUUACAGUGGAAGCAGCAACCAAGUAUUUCUUCAUGUUUGAAAACUCUGUGUUGUUGGUAUUUGAUUUGUACAGUUACCCUUAUAAAAGUUAUAUUUAUUUUUUUAAAUUCAACAGUUUAUUACAAUUUAGUGUACUAUUGUUAGACCAUUUAUAUAUAUUAGAUAUUUAUUUUAUUUACUACAGGUACUCCUCGACUUACGACAUACAAUACUCGACUUACGACAACCGGGACACACGACAGCCGUGGUUAUAUAAAAUAUUUUUCAAAUUACGUAUUUUCUAGUAUCGACGUUAGUGAUCGCGCUGUGUACUGACAAAAUUUUCGUUUGUAAUUCCCUUUAAAAUGGCUGGCAAGCAUAAAAGUGAGAGUUC